AGUUCCGGUGAAGGUACCCUGCCUCCCGUUUGCAACUGACCUAGGCUCUCUUUGCAGCAGAUCGUUCCUUAGCGGCUGUAUUCUAUGAGCACUGACGCCUAACUCGAAGAGUUAGUUCAACUUUCCAGCCCCUAUCUACCUAAGCACUCGACUUUGGGUCUCGAUUGACUCGGAGCGAAAGAAUACUUCCAAGCUUAAACCCAAGUAUGCAAUCCACGUUCUACCAUAACACGCAUUCACAGGAACUAAUGAUCUGACCCACGCCAUCUCCACUAAGAUGAUCAUGCCUUUCGGCUGCAGCGAUUCCAUCUGCCUGCACCAUGACACCGUGCAGCGCGUGCAAUUGUUUAUAUAGAAACCCACCUCUUCGCGAACCUUGACUGCGGAUUAUGCUUUCUCAGGCGUGAGACUAGAUGCGACACGUCCGGAAACGCGAGGUUCACUUCCGCCCUCGGGCAACAGCGUUUGAGACGCUUGACUCUGAAUAAUCUGCAGUUACUAAAGCAAAGAUCAUCAGCUCUGGACAUCAAUAACUGUUGAAAGAAGAUUCUAUCAACGUCACCAUCGUAGCCGCCAUAGAAUAGCCUCACUCUCGACGCAUCGUGGGAGUAAGUUGAGGUUGGUUGGUUGGCGAUUGCAAACACGUCCUGCAGAAGAUGCACAAAAUUGCCGUGUCUAUUCUUGGCCGAUUCAUUCCCUCGGGUUCUUAGGUUACCAAGAACCCGAAAUAAUGGUUGGGUCUGCCCUCAUAUAAAUGCCUCAUUCAUCCCCGUGUACAUUCUUACCUCUCACUCCCAACCUUGAAGCGGUAUUCCCACCUCCUCUAUUCCCAUACUGCCAUUAUGCAUUUCACUGCGGCAUUCACAGCACUGGCCCUUGCCACUCUAGCUGCAGCCCAAAAUCAAACGGUGCAGGUUCAGGUUGGUGCAACGGCUACCAGUCCUGGCGGAGUAUUCCAGUUCAUUCCACCAACAAUCACGGCCACCAAUGGCUCCGUGAUUACUUUCGUGUUCAAUGGCGCUCCUGGGAACCACACCGUGACUCAGUCGACGUUCGAUAAUCCCUGUGCGCAGGCACAGGGUGGUUUCGAUUCUGGCUACAUUCAGAUCCCUGCAGGCACCACGCAGGACUUCCCAACCUGGAAUCUAACCAUUGAAAAUGACCAGACGCCAUUGUGGUUCUACUGCGCUCAAACUGUACCAGGGCCUCACUGCUUCUCCGGAAUGGUUGGAGCUAUCAACCCACCCACCACCGGCGGCAGGACUUUCCAAGCGUUCCAGUCAGCAGCCCAGGCCGCUGGCAGUAGUGCAUUCUCAGGUACCCCCACUCCCGCUCUGAGCGGAGCUGGCGCUGUAGCCACUGCCGCUCCGGGGCCGUUCUCUGGUAGCAUCACCGGCUUCGCUAUCCCCACUUCAGGAGCGGGAGCGUCGUCCGGGUCUAGUGGUGCUACAAGCUCAACUGGUUCUGCGCCUGCGCCCACCACCACUGGAGGUGGAAACAACAGUGGCGCCAUCACGAUUGCUGCUAAUGGCAUGGCCGCCUUCUUGGCCAUCAUCGCUGGCGCCGCUCUGAUGUGAUGCUGACGUUGAUGUGCAGGAAUGGAGAGAGUUACGGUCAGGCUUCUCAUGAUACCUUGGUAGACGAGGAUACGAAUAGGGUGGAUUUGCAUUUCGCCUAAUAUGAGAGAUCGGACUGUUUACGACAGAUACGUCUCCAAGUACUGUAGACUAAUGGUCAAUGAACGGAUGUCUUCCGAGUAU